AGUCCUUCCCCGCCGACGAUGUACUUCGGAAAGGGCGUGGCCGUAGGGGCGCUGUUGGCAGUGGGCGUCGCGCGGGCGGACUUCACUCUGUACGUUCGUCUGGGCGAAGGGGCGUGCGGGAGCGCCGUCCAGUCUCUGCCGCGGAGCCUCCUCCUCUGCGGCGCCCUCUGUACUGUCUAUAACUGGUGUGUGAGCUUCAGCUACGGAGACGGGGUGUGUGACCUACACCAACAGCUGACCAGCCCAGACGGUUCUGCGGGCAUGGGAUGUUACGUUCCUGCCGAUCCGACAACGGGCAAUCCACUCCAGACUGUACCUGAGACUACAACUGUAGCGUCAAGUGGAGGAGGAACUUGCUACUCCGUGAGCACAGCGCCCUGCGGGACUCUGGAGGAAGGCGAGUUCUACCUUCACCCGUCAGACUGCAGCAAGUAUCUACGGUGUUCGGGAGGAACAGUUUACGAAAUGAACUGCCCUGGAGGACUGGUGUUCGACAUAACGAAGGAUGUGUGCGAUUACCCUGCGAAUGUGCUGACGGCAUGCACUUGCUGAGUCCGUGGUGGCGUCUCUGUCGCCCCGAAAGGAA